AUGGCGAGCCACUCCGCCUUUGUAAGUAUGGUCGAUAAAGGAAAAAAUACAAGCCAGUCCGAAAUUUUAACAUGGACUUGCUAUAGAACCAUUCCUUCUUCAAUUAGUUCUGAAGGUGCCAUUGUAGAGAAAAAUGCUAUUCAUUUCUUGAAGUACCCUUUGCCACUUCUAGAGCUUCAAAUUGGUCUCAUUUGCAUUUUACAUCAUACAAUACAUUUAUUCCUCGGCCGUUUUGGAAUUACUGAACUUGUCUCACAAAUUAUUACGGGAAUAAUUCUUGGUCCAGCAUUUCUUGGAAGAUUGGAUUUUAUGAGAAAAUAUAUAUUUCCUCAUGAGAGUCAAGAUUUAGUAUUUACAGCGGCAGCAUAUGUUGGAUUCCAUAUCUUUAUAUUCUUGACUACAGUAAAGCUUGAUUUAGGAAAAACACUAAGAACAAGCAAAUUGGUGAUAUUCAGCGGCCUCGGAAAUGUCAUAUUACCUUUAAUUCUUGGUCUAGGUCUCACCAACAUUUAUAAAAACAAAGUAAAAGAUGAUGCAUUUAUUAACGAAGCAAUAAAUGUAGCUAUCAUGCAAUCUUUCUCUACAUUUUCAAUCAUAGCAAAUGUUCUUGAAGAACUCAAGAUUUUAAACUCGGAGAUUGGACGAUUAGUACUUUCUUCGACGUUGGUCGGUGAUAUAUUGGGUAUAGUCCUUUUGAUUAUGGUUACAACCGUUGUGCAACGCAAAGUAGAAAGAGUUUACAUCGAUGGUUUAGCCGUCAUUGUUUUUAUUAUGGCGGCUUGUUUGUUACGGCCGAUAUUGGUGAGGGUAAUUAGACGUACUCCUCAAGGUUCGCCGGUCAAUUCGACAUGCAUUUAUAUUAUUAUGGCAAUAGUAAUGCUAGCUCAAGGUUAUUUCCAAUUUUUUCACCAAUAUUUAAACGUAGGGGCGGCUAUUCUAGGCUUUGCUGUUCCGGCUGGUCCGCCGUUAGGAUCCGCUUUCGUAGAAAAAUUUGAAACUUUCAUAACGAAAGUCUUAAUGCCAGUUGCGGUUGUUCAAGCCGUAAUGAGAGCUGAUCUAACCCUAAUUUUUACUAGAUUCCCAAGAUUUGAAUUCUACCUGAUUUUGGGAUUAUUAAUUUUCGGAUCCAAAUUCGGAGUUUCUCUAAUAGCUUCCUUGUGUGCCGAUAUUCCAUUGAAUGAUUCGUUUUUAUAUGCUGCGGUUAUGACUUGUAGAGGCGUAGUUGAGAUUAGCACGUACGUGAUGGCAAGAGAUACUAAGACUAUAGGAGAAGAGGUUUAUGCAAUCUUAAUCUUCAGCGUCCUCAUUAGCUCAGCUUUUGCUUCAAUAAUUGUGAAGUGUAAUUAUGAUCCAGCAAGAAAAUAUGCAGGCUAUCAGACAAGGAACAUUAUGAGUUUAAAGCCUAAAUCACACCUUCGAAUUCUCACAUGUAUUCACAAACCUGAUCAUGUAACUUCAACGAUAAGUCUGCUCGAUGCUUUUCAUCCGGCUAGCGACAAACCAAUGGAUGUUUGCGCCGUUCAUCUAAUUCAAUUAAUUGGCCGAGCAACACCGGUUCUUUUAUCCCAUCAAAAGCAGAAUCGACUAGUCGACCACCGAUCUCAAAAUGUAAUCCUUGCGUUUACUCUAUAUCAACAAAAUAACUGGGAUAGUGUAUCUUUAUCUUCCUUUACGGCAAUAAGUAAACCUAAGAUAAUGAAUGAAGAUAUUUCGACACUCGCACUCGACAAGCUCACGUCGCUUAUACUGCUUCCCCUUCAUCGACAAUGGACUAUUCAUGGAGGAAUUAAAUCGGAAGAUAAAGAUAUAAGAACCGUAAAUUGUAAAGUUCUUGAAAAGGCUCCGUGUUCUGUGGGUAUAUUUUUUGACCGCGGAAAACUUGGGCGUCCAUUGUUAUCCACGGAAGCACCAAGGCCUUCUCUCUCUAUAUGUAUGAUUUUCUUAGGAGGUGGAGAUGAUCGCGAGGCAUUGGCGUUAGCUAGACGAAUAGUUAAGGACUCAAAAAUACGUUUAACGGUCUUACAUCUUGUACCAGAGGGCAAAGUCAUGGACCAGUCGGAGGAAGAUGAGGAUAAGAUGAUCGAUUCUUGGGCAUUGAAGGACGUGAUCAAGAACCAAAAUGAGUUUUUUUCAAAUAUUGUAUAUAAAGAGAAAAUUGUGAAAGACGGACCGGCAACUGCACUGGAACUUCAUUCCAUAGUCGAUGAUUAUGAUCUUUUUAUGCUUGGGAGACGACAUAACGAAAAAUCACCUCAAACAGUAGGUAUAUCAGAAUGGACCGAGCUUUCAGAAUUGGGAAUUAUUGGAGAUUUGUUUGCUUCCAAGGAUCUUCAUAGUAGAGCUGCUGUUUUGGUGGUGCAAAAACAAAAACAGGUUAGGUAG